UUCUUCUCCAUUGCCUUUGCUUUCUUCUCAAGCUUCUACUGCUACAUUUUUAAUUUUUUUUUGGAGAUUCUUCUUCUGCUACAUCUAACCGCAGAAAAAACAGAAGAAAAUUUUGCAGACAUGGAAAAUGGUCACUGCGAUUUCAACGACUAUGAACCUACGCUGAUGACUGGAGAUGCUGCUGGCUAUGUGCUGGAAUCCGUGCCUCACUUGUCUGAUUUCAUCCCCAACUUACCUACUUAUCCCAAUCCACUGCAAGACAACCCUUCCUAUUCAUUUGUUAAGCAAUAUUUUGUUGACGAGGAUGAUUGUGUUGCCGAGAAGGUUGUUGUUCAAAAAACUAGCAGAAGAGGGGUUCAUUUUCGACGGGCUGGUCCCCGUCAAAAGGUGUAUUUUAAAUCUGAUGAUGUGCUAGCUUGCAUAGUAACUUGUGGAGGUCUAUGCCCUGGUUCAAACACUGUGAUUAGGGAAUUAGUGUGUGGUCUACACUACAUGUAUGGUGUGAAAAAUGUUCUUGGGAUAGAGAUGGGAUUUAAAGGCUUCUACGCCAGGAAUACUGUUCCUUUAACACCUGAAGUUGUAAACGACAUUCAUAAACGCGGUGGUACCAUUCUUGGGACAUCAAAAGGGGGCUAUGAUACGUCAAAAAUAGUUGACAGCAUUCAAGACCGUGGCUUUAAUCAGGUUUACAUAAUUGGAGGAGAUGGCACCCAGAAAGGAGCUUCUUUGAUCUUUGAGGAAAUUCGAAAGCGAGGUCUCAAAGUUGCAGUAGUUGGAAUACCAAAGACCAUUGAUAAUGACAUUCCGGUUAUUGACAAAUCCUUUGGUUUUGACACUGCUGUCGAGGAAGCUCAAAGAGCAAUUGAUUCUGCACACGUUGAGGCUGCAAGUGCAGAAAAUGGGAUCGGUGUUGUCAAAUUGAUGGGACGCUAUAGUGGAUUCAUAGCACUGUAUGCUACUCUUGCCAGCAGAGAUGUAGACUGUUGCUUGAUUCCCGAAUCGCCUUUCCAUUUAGAAGGACCUGGCGGACUCUUUGAAUACAUAAAGCGAAGACUUUGGGAAAACGGGCACAUGGUCAUCGUAAUUGCAGAAGGAGCAGGACGUGAGCUGCUACUUUCUGAAAGCACGCAAGACAAAAACCAACAGGAUCAAUCUGGGAACAAGUUGCUCCCAGAUGUAGGGCAUUGGUUAUCCCAAAAGAUCAAGGAACAUUUUAAGAAGCAGAGGAAGUUGGAUAUAAAUCUCAAAUAUAUAGAUCCUACAUACAUGAUUCGUGCAAUUCCGAGUAAUGCAUCAGACAAUGUCUACUGCACACUUCUUGCUCAAAGUGCCAUUCACAGUGCAAUGGCUGGGUACACUGGCUUUGUGGUAGGCUCUGUCAAUGGCAGGCAUUCUCAAAUACCAUUCCAUCGUGUAAUAGGGAAACAAAAUAGGGUGGUGGUAACAGACAGGAUGUGGGCAAGAGUCCUCGCUUCUACCAAUCAACCAAGUUUUUUCUUGGACUUAAGAGCUCAACAAACAAAGUUAUUAGAUGGGGAAAAUGGUGGGGAGGAGAAUUCACAUACAGGAUGAUGAGAGAAAAUCAAUUUUGCAGAAGCUGGACAAGAACAAGCUUCCAAUAAUGUGUUAAGCAGUUUCUAGCUUCUACAGAUACUGUAUAUAGCAUUUCCAGUAGCAGUUUUUUUUUUGAGUGAACCUAUACUGUAAAAGUAAACAGAGUUCAGGAAAUGGUGAGGUAGAACUGGAAAAUAAAUUAAACAAUUAAGGGGGGUCUUUGUCUUGUUGAGUUCUUCUCCCUUAAUAUUCUCUGCUGAAAA